CUGCAGGCCAUUGGGAGGUGCUGCCUCAACAAGCUGUCCAGUGAUGCUGCUGUGAAAAGGAUCUUAGCUGGGGAAAGGCCUGAUGCUAAAGAGAAACCUCCAUCCUCUAAACCUCGAGACAAAGAAAGCAAACAACCCAAACCAGAAGAAAAGGGUCAUAAAGAGCGUAGAGGAGAUGCUGAAAUUAAUGACAGGAGCUCGAGCAGAGACAGGAAACUCAAAGGGGUUUUGAAAGAAAGUGAAGAAAGACAAAAGGAAAGCAAUAAAGAGAAGGAUAAUGAAGAGAGGCACAAGGAGCCUGAAAGAGAAAAACAGGAAAGAGAGAGAAACAAAAGCAGAACGAGCAAGCAAGGAAGAGAAACAGAAAAAACCAAGGGAAAAGGAGAGGUGGAAGGAGAAGAUCUGGAGCGUGAAAAAGGACAGGAAAAAGAGAAAAAAAAUGAAGGAGGAAGAGAAAAGGAGAAGCUGAAAGGGAGAGACAAAGAUAAGGCUAAAGACAGAGAGCGAGAGAAGGACAGGGAGAGAGGGAGAGAGCAGGAGAGGGGCAGGCAGAGGGAGAAGGAUGGGGAGCACGUGAGAGAACAUGGGAAGGAUAAAGCAGAGAAAAAGGCUGCAGAUUCUGAGGAAUCCACACUCAGGAAAGUGCAGAAGCCAACUAAAGACAGCAAGGGGCAGCCAGACAACCAGAGUGAAAGUCCUGCAGGAAUAUCAAGGCAGCCAUCCACAAAAGGAUCAAGGCAACGUGCCAGACCCGGAGGAGAAGGAGCUGUGGAAAUGAAGAGUGUGGCUGAUAGGAUCUCAGAGGAGAGUGUUCCUAACCUGCAAGAGAGAGCUGAACCAGCACCUGCCACAAGCCAGAGAGAAGGAGAAGCAGAGAACGUGGCUCCUGAAAACCCUCCAGUGGCUGAAAAUGGUGAAGCCCCCACUGAUCUUCCACCUCAGCCCGUGCAAAGGCGUGUCCCCAGGCCCAGCAGUGCCCGACCAGCCCCACCCCGAGUGAAGCCACCAGGGAGUGCAGAGCUCGUGCCCCCCGAGAGGAGUGGGAGUGGUAAAACAGUCUCAACCAUAAUCCGAGACCAGGAGGUUUCUGAUGAUGAAGAUGAGCAGUUUGUGGUGGAGGCAGCAGUGCCACUGCUGGGAAUGCCAGAGCUGGAAAUGGAGCCAGAAGUGGAGCUGCUUGAGGAUCAGAAUCAUGGUGGGCUGGUGAAAAGGAUCCUGGAGACAAAGAAAGAUUACGAGGCCUCCCAGACCCCAUCCAAGGCAGCAGAGAGG